AUGGCGAGGCAUGCACUUCUUACUGCCGUGCUCUACGUGCUUCUUGUGUUUGGCGAGGCCGUGCGGCAGGAACACGAGAAGACAGCCCUAGGAGACGACCUCCAGACAGGUGAGGGUGUCCAGUCCUGCUGCAGAUGCGAGGGUGGAAGCGGUGUCCUCGGCUACUUCAAGUCAACUUCCACCUGCAGGAGUCUGAGCAAAACGUGGAUGACAUGCUCCAACACAAAUGCCAAGUUGUGCUGA